CAACUGCAACUAGGCGGUGGUCGGCGAUUGGACCGUUUUCCUCGAGAAUACACUCAAUGGCGGACACUGGGAUGGGUCGUAUCGCUGCUGCAGUAUUUCUGUGGAUACUCGCAUCUGGAGUAAUUCCAUCAGCAUCGGCCAGUGACGGGUUCGCAUCUCUGGAAGUGAUCAGGAACCCAGGACCCCGAGUAAUGCAUGCAGACAGCUUCCAGGAUCAGAGAGUUCUGUGGCUCUUCCCAUUCCUCAACUUCACCCAGAGCAGGAGCAUCACUGGUUGGGCUUUCCGGGCUCAGUCCUCACAGGCGAUUUCCAGGAUGACUACAGAGAAUAUGCCUCUAUUCCAGCUGUGGCAGGAGACGACAGCCACAGACACUCUCGACUAUCGCUGCAUCAAAAACUGCAACCAAACGGAUGGCCUGGUGGAGUCAGUUCAGGAAAUCUUUACAGGCAGCAGCUCAGUGUACAAGCAGACCUUGGUGACCCCUCUCGAGGUCUCUCCCAGCGAACAUUUCAUUCUGGGGGUUCUUCUGCCAUCUUCUGAAGGGAACCACCUGAACCUGGCCUUUCAAAACGAUGAGAUGAAAUCUGCAGACCGACGGAGCUAUUUCUUCAGCUCAAUGACUAGAUUUGUCGCCAUUAGAGAAGAGACGUACAGAGAUAAUCUCCACAUCCCAUUGGUCACUCCACUCUAUGAUGAAGCACCAUCUAUUACCACCCCUGACAGGCCAACUAAACACACUUCAUCGGUUCCCCACAUGUCUGCAGGUACGGUGGCAGUUUUCCCUGUCGGCCCAUCACGAACCAGCUCUAGUACACAGCCCAAUACUUCGACAGCUCCUACCCUUUCCACACUGCCUCCCAACACCUCUCCAUCUUCCAGCCAACCUCCAAUUGCACUGAUUAUAGGGGCAGUCAUAAUCGGAUUAGUAGUCCUCACGCUGUUACUACUGGUGCCGGUCCUACUACUCAAAUACCACCAGUUGAGGCUUGGCAAGAGGAGAACACAUCUGGACAACCCCACGUAUGAAGUCUCCGAGAAUGGAGCGGCCAAAAGAUCAACAGCAAAGAGUAACACCUCGUCUAACGGAAGCUACCCUGCCUACGCUAAUCCAGCACAGCCGACUUUUCUCUCGGCCACCCUCCCUCCCCUCACCUCUCAUCAAGUCUCCCCCCACAUUCCUCCUCCACUCAUCCUCCACCACUAUGAAAUAGAUGAAAACAGGCAGAGUCGUGUCUACGACCAACCAAAUCUGAGAGCUGCCACCAUGCCUCCUCCCCUCCCCUACGAAGUCCCCAUGGCUCCCACUAGAGAGCCGUCCACUACAAAGCACCACGUUUACAGUGAGCUGGAAUGCGGGGAGGCACCCUCUCUCUCCACCACACUCCAGGAAGACAAGAAAUCUCUCAUCAGUGGAUCUCAAACUUCUUCAAUCUUUGACAAUUCCAUAUACAAAGACCCCAACCAUCUGGUGCCCAAUGCAAAUGGCAAUCUAGAAGGAAACGAUGAUCUCUACUGGAAGCCUGCCUCCUCCACUCGCCUGCUCUACGACCAGCUCUCACACAGAAAAUUUCCAGAGAUUCUCAGAGACAACAUAAGGUUAACCGAGCAUCUUGGCUCUGGCCAGUUUGGAACCGUCAACAAGGGGGUGUGGCAGUCCCCCUCAGGUCCAGUAAUGGUGGCAAUCAAGCAGCUCCAGCUGAGAGCGGCAGAGCUGGACAGAGUACGGUUCCUGCAGGAGGCAGCCAUCAUGGGCCAGUUCUACCACCCCAACGUUGUCACCCUCCAUGGAGUGGUCACAAAGGACGAUCCGAUUAUGAUUGUGCUGGAGUUUAUGUCCAAUGGAGACCUUCGAAAUUCUCUACUCAAGAUUCGCCCACUUCCACAUGAGCCAGUGCCUGAGACUCUGCCACUGCUGCUCCUGAGGUUCUGUCAGGAGGUGGCGACCGGUAUGGCAUAUCUCUCCAAGAAAGCCUUUGUCCACAGAGAUCUGGCCGCUCGCAACAUCCUCCUGGACAGCAACAGCACCUGCAAGAUUGGUGAUUUUGGAAUGUCGAGAGAUUUGGAAGACAGUGAUUACUACAUCACUCAUGGAGGGAUCAUCCCUGUAAAGUGGACUGCCCCUGAGGCUCUACACUAUAAGAAGUACUCUACAGCCAGUGAUGUGUGGAGUUUUGGGUGUCUCAUGUAUGAAAUAUGGAGUCUCGGACACAAGCCUUUUGAGCAAUAUGGAAACAUGGAUUGUAUCCAACUGGUGAGUCAAGGCUGCAGGCUUCCUCCCCCUGCUGGCUGCUGCAGAGCUCUGUAUAAGCUCAUGAUACUGUGUUGGCACAAGGAUCCAUCCCAGAGACCAGUAUUCUCGGAAAUGCAGCACGUCCUCACACACCUCAAUACUCAACUGCUGGAAAAGGUUGAUCCUCGUUUGGGUCGACUUGGAGGACCUCUUGAAGCAGGCGAUGGGGUCUACCCUGAUCUUCAAGACUACUACCUCCAGGACCAGAGUGACUCAUCCUCAGACAGUAGAUAGUGCAUUUCCAAUUGAAUUUGUUUUUGUUUUGUAUGUUUACGUAUGUGUAUACUUGUUUGUGUCUAUUAGCACCUAUAGAGGAUUUACCUA